AAAGCACAGCAUUUAACAACUCUACCUUUAUCACUAGGCAGCUCUGCAGCGUUGAUCAUUGGUUAGAGUGGUUGGCUUGCAGCAGUUUAAAGUAGGCUAUAAGACAGGCUGUUCUUGUAAGGUUGUAGUUUGUGCAGGUAGCUUAAGGGUGAAGCAAACAAACGAUGGCAGGAGAAGUAUCCUCGUUCUCCGUGUGGGACUAUGUGGUGUUUGCAGGUAUACUUUUGGGGGCUUCUGGGAUUGGCCUCUGGCAGGCAAUUCGUGGUCGCAAGGAGAACACGAGUGAGGAGUUUCUACUGGGUGGCCGCCAAAUGCACGCGGUGCCCGUUGCGAUGUCUCUUACCGCCAGCUUCAUGUCGGGCAUCACGGUGAUCGGCACGCCCGCCGAGUCUUAUCGUUAUGGCACGGCCUUCUGGCUCUUCGGCCUGAGCUACGCCAUCACGUCCAUUGUCACGGCGGAGAUCUUUGUCCCCUUCUUCUACCGACUGGGCAUCACCAGCAUCUAUGAGUACCUGGAGAUGCGCUUCAGUAAAAGUGUGCGUGUUUUGGCGACAAGCAUAUUUAUUUUGCAGACGGUCCUAUACACUGGUUUGGUCAUCUACGCUCCAGCUAUUGCACUCAACCAAAUCACUGGGCUGAACCUGUGGGGCGUGUUGGUGGUGACGGGUGCGGUGUGCAUCGUCUACUGUACCUUGGGCGGCCUGAAGGCUGUGAUCUGGACCGACGCGGUGCAGUUGGUCAUCAUGCUGUCAGGCUUUGCUGCAGUAAUCGCCAGGGGGGUGGUGCUCCAGGGAGACAUGGCCCGGAUAUGGCAGGACGCUGCCGACGGAGGACGGCUCGAAGCGUUUGAUUUUGACCCGGACCCACUGAAGCGCCACACCUUCUGGACCAUCCUGGUGGGGGGCAGCAUGAUCUGGAUCUCUGUGUACAGCAUCAACCAGUCCCAGGUGCAGCGCUACUUGGCCUGCAGGAGCGUGGCCCACGCCAAGACGUCCUUGUAUUUGAAUUACUUGGGCCUGUUGGCUACUGUGAGUCUGGCCAUGUUUUGUGGCCUCACCAUGUACUCUAUUUACAUGAAGUGUGAUCCCCUCACUAACGGUGAUGUAGGAUCCCCCGACCAGUUGCUUCCGUACCUUGUCAUGGAUAUCCUGGCAGACUAUCCAGGAGUCCCUGGUUUUUUUGUGGCUGCAGCUUACAGUGGGACUCUCAGCACCGUGUCCUCCAGUAUUAAUGCACUCACGGCUGUCACACUGGAAGACUUUAUCCGACCUAAAUGGCGAAACCUGACGGAGAAGCAGUUGUCCUGGAUCAACAUGAGUCUCAGUGUGUUCUUUGGUGUGGUUUGUAUUGGAAUGGCUGGAGUUGCUUCGUUGAUGGGAAGUGUUCUUCAAGCUGCUCUGUCCAUCAUGGGGAUCAUUGGUGGGCCUCUUUUGGGACUGUUCUUCUUGGGAAUGCUUUUCCGCACAACAAACACCAUGGGGGGCCUACUGGGAUUUCUUGUAGGCCUCAUAUUGACUAUGUGGGUGGGUAUCGGAGCCCAGAUCUAUCCCCCCGGAGCCGACAAAACCAAUCUUCUGCAAUUCAGCACCAACUGCAGUAAUUCACCGGGCGAUAAUAACAUGACCACUGCAUUUCCAUGGACCAGUGCCUUGACAUUGACCCGUGAACCACCGGUUAGGCCUCCUCUGGCUGACAGCUGGUACUCGCUGUCCUACCUGUACUUCUGUCCUCUGGGCACCCUGUGCACCGUGGUAGUGGGCCUGCUGGUCAGCAUCAUCACAGGUGGGUGUAAGCAGGAGAGGCUUGACAGUAGUCUGUUUGUGAGGAAGAGCGACCUGAUUUGUUUCAACUGCUGUGGCAGUAGUUCUAAGACAUCAGACAUGGAGAAAGAGGACAAUGAGAAGACCAAGGACAAGUUUGAUGCAACGGAAAAAGAUGAGGAGAAAAUGACCAAAUUGUAAAAGGAAUUGAUCACUAUAUUGUGAAAGGGACAACCAAACAAAAGUCUAUUUUAGCAUAAUUAUAACAGAGAUCCUUUUAGCCAAUUAAAUUAAAUGUGAACAACUGGCAGUUGUUCAGUGAAGACAGCAGUGAAUAUCGCCUAAAUCUAAUUUAAAGUUAUUUUUUAACUAUGAAGUGUUUACAUAUAUCUCAACAUAGUAUGCCCCAAUAUGCCAACCUCUAGGAACAGUGUCUUCGAUUAAUUGCUCCCUCGUAGAAAUAAAAGCAUAUGUAUCGUAAAAAAUAUAAAUAUAAUGAUAAUAAAUGUUUAUUUAGUAUUUUAUGUUUAAAUAUUUAUUGCAAUAAUUAACUAUAUAUAUUUAUGGAGGUUGAAAAUUAAAAAUUAAAAAAAUAUGCAUUAUGCAAGAAAAGAGGGAAACUGGGCCGGCUAGUGUAUCUAUCACUUGACAAGAGUGAACUGUCCAAUUCACAAUGUAUGCAUAUCGUGUAUGAGUAAUUGAGUGAAAGAAAACCAUGCUGGGAAUUAAUCCAGAUAAGAGAGACACAUAGUUGAACUGUAAUAACCUCUGGCCCUUAUCUCCUUGGCAACAUGCAAUGAAGGAAGUUACAAAGAAAUGACCCGCCCACUCCUACCUGCCAUUCUGCCAGGAAGAGACUGGCUGUACCUAGUGAGCAAGGAGUAGAGAGUAAACAAUGAUAGGACAGCGAUUGUGGAAACCAUUCUUUCUGUUCUCCUGUUAUGAACUACUAGAGAGCACACAAUGAACCAGGUCCUGGAGUCACAUGUUGCCUUGCUGGUAUGUUGCCUUCUCGCAUGUUCAUUUGCUGCAAUGACACCGACACCAAAGGAGGACUUGACGACAACAUUAGCCAGCUUUAAAGACACAACCUCUCAUACUACAGACGUCCCGAAUACAACAGUCUCUUCAAUGAGCAUCCCCAACAAUGCCACCCAGGGGUCUACAGCCGACAGCUCUGUCUCUUUCCAAAGCACUACCGAUCCUACCAGAAACUUAGAAUCGACUGCUUCUUCUAGCACCUCAAGCCAGGUUUCAACACGCAGGAGCACAACACAGCCUCCAGCCAGUAUCACCACCACCAGCCCAACCACAACCACCUUCAAAACCACAAACCCUGAGAGGGAAACUUCAACCUGGUCGCAACCAACAAGCCAAGCAACCCCACCAGCUGUGUUUCAUAGCACUUCACCUGCUGCUACUACAAAACAUUCCACACAAGCUGCCCCAGAGAAUGUAACGCUAAUACGGCCUCCUGUCAUAGAAGGUUUGAACCUCAACAACUCAGAGAGGAAUAUGACGAUCGUCUUCAGCGUUGUGCUCGCAGGGUUUGUUUUGGGGUCCAUUAUAUAUCUUCUCCAAAGAUGCAAACAGAGACUGCAAUAUUCCCAUCACCCCCUUCACAUGGAUCAAUUUCAGGCUGAUGACGACACGCUGGUAAUCUCGGGCGGACUUUAUGACGGACAUGCAUUAUUCGACCAACCACAACCCACUACAGAAGGAUCAGUCAACCUUCAGUUUAUCAACGAGAGAGAGAGCUCCUACAUUAACUGAUGGCUCACUGAAAGUGAAGUAAAAUGAAGUGAUCAGAAUUGAGCUUUCAACAACUGUCAUCUUUGAAGUAUACUCUUGAUACAUUGGGAAAUAUAUUAUAAUUUAUUUAUAACGCUAACGAGAACAAUGCAGAAUCAGAAUUUUUAUAAUUGUAACAAUCUGUAAUACAAACAGCAAUGAAUUGAUCUAUUAUUAUCAUAAAAAAACACAAAUUGAAAAGUACAUAACAUUUUGUGUGCAUGGUAAUGAAACGCAAAUGGAACAGCCAUGCUUGACUAUGCAACAGCAUUCAUGAACACAGUCAUUGGUCAGUAUCCAACAAAUUCAUGAGAACUAAUACCUUAUUGAAAUGUCUAAAACGGCUUAAAGAUAAUGAAUACAAACUUAAACGUUCAUACAAAGCUAAAUCAGUUUUGAACAAACACUGAUACUAUGCUUACUGAUGACUAUGCUUAUGAACUCUCUGUCAUAUAAAAGCACUUUUUUAAGCAAA